AUGCAGCAGUUCCUGACGACCAACCUCUUGUCCCUGCUGCUGCUAUGCAGCCACCUCGUUCUGAACAAUGCUGAUGCAGGGUCAGACAAGGGAGCUCUCCUCGGCUUCAAAUCCGGAAUUUUGAAAGACACGACCGGAAUCCUCUCCACCUGGGUAGCAACCACUGACCAUUGCACGGAAUGGGAAGGCGUGCAGUGCGAUCCGACCACCGGAAGGGUGACUUCUCUGCUCAUACAGGCGCCGCCGGACGGCUACAUGGAGGGAACUCUGUCGCCUUCUCUCGGCGGGCUGACGUCGCUGGAGGUUCUUGUCAUCACCGGGACGAAGCACAUUGCAGGUCCAAUCCCUCCUGCAAUCUCCAACCUCACCAGGCUGAGUCAGUUGAUCAUCGAGGACUCUGCGCUCGCCGGCGCCAUCCCUCCGAGCAUAGGCCGGCUGACUCGUCUGGCAUCCGUCUCCCUUGCCGGAAACCGCCUCAGUGGUUCGAUUCCUCCGUCCAUUUGGGAUCUCCCCAACCUCCAGCUACUCGGGUUAGCUCGAAACUCCCUCACCGGCGCAGUUCUUGUCCCAAAAUCGUCCCGCCGUCCAAUUCUGCAGUCCAUCGAUCUCAGCCACAACUUGAUUUCCGGCCAAAUCCCUACCGCAUUCCGAAACCUCACCUUUCUCGACCUCUCGUACAACCGCUUCACAGGCCAGCUCCCACCGUCUCUGUUCACUCUGCAGAAUCUACAGGAUCUCUCACUGGACCAUAACCAGCUCUCUGGGAAGCUUCCUGCCAGCAUGGCCGGACUGAAAUCGCUUGCUCGUCUCUCCCUGAGCUCCAACCGGUUUUCCGGAGGAAUUCCACCUUCCAUUUCAACUCUGCAGAAGCUUUGGUACCUCAAUCUGUCCAGCAACGGAUUCUCCGGCCAAUUGCCGGGCAUUGCAGGUCUGCCCUCGUUGGUGUCGAUAGAUCUGUCCUUCAACAACCUAAGUUUAGGGACGGUGCCUAACUGGAUUAAGGACAGGCAGCUCUCCGACGUCCGACUAACUGGCUGUGGACUGAAGGGAAGACUUCCGGUGUUCAGUCGACCGGACUCUCUCAUGUCUCUUGAUCUCUCCCGUAACUCAUUCGAAUUGGGAAUCUCCGGCUUCCUGACCAACGCCUCCAGCUUGCAGAGCCUCGAUCUCUCCGGCAACCAGCUUACAUUCGACCUCAAGGAGAUUACAUUGCCGCCGGGGAUCUCUUCCGUUCAACUCGGGUCUAACCGCAUCACCGGCUCACUCUCUGCAAUACUCAACAACAACAGCAGCAGAAUAAGCUUUCUGGAAGUUCUGAACGUGUCGAGGAAUCGGAUCUCGGGGCCCAUACCGGAUUCAAUCACGAAUCUGACCGGACUGAAGAGACUGGAUGUAUCGAGGAACAGAGUAUCCGGAACACUUCCGGCGAGCUUGGGGAAGCUCAUCGAUCUUCAGUGGAUUGACGUGUCCGUCAACUUAUUGGCCGGCAAAAUCCCGAGUAGCUUGCUGGGAGUGAAGCGGCUGAGACAUGCCAACUUUAGGGCCAACAGACUCUGCGGAGAGAUUCCACAAGGGAGGCCUUACAACAUCUUUCCGGCGAGCGCUUAUGCUCACAACCUCUGCCUCUGCGGUAAACCUCUGCCGCCGUGCCGGGUGAGGAAAUGA